AUGCGGCCUAUCGUCGGAUGGAAUUGCGUGAAGAGGGCGGAUUCGUCAGACGAAUCGCUCGAUUACGAAGAUAUCUCGGACAUGAUGCCGCCCGUUACCCAGAGCCAGUCAACCUGGAUAUUGCAGGAAGUGUCAACAGGAGCGAUCAAGAUCAGUCGCGAUGCCACAUUCAUGGAAGACAAGUUUGAUGAAGGUCCGCGCAACUACAACGAUGAGUCAAGUGCCGUUGAGUUUGAUGAUCAAGACGAGGACGAAGAAAAAGAAGAAGGUAAAACUGACGACGACAUGGACUCGAGCGACGAUGACAACGAAGACACCAGGUCUUCGAAGAGCAACAUCAAGAGACACACGCGCACUCAAUCACUUGAGAAAGCUACCGUCAUUCCAAGUCCCAAGCGAAGAACGUACAGAGGUCCGUCGCUUGAGCAUGUGUCAGCGGCUGCAAUGGAUUUUGAAGCAGCCUACAUCGUUGAUUCAGUGGGGGAAACGCCGACUACAUUCAAGUCGGCGAUGGAAUCAAGCGACUCCGGCAAGUGGAAAGAAGCGUGUGACUCGGAGUUCGACUCGCUUCAGAGAAACGACACGUGGGAAAUCGUGCCUCUUCCGAAAGGUCGCAAGGCCAUCGGGUGCCGAUGGGUUUUUCGUGUAAAGGAGAAUCAAGAUAGCGAAGUUGAACGUUUCAAGGCAAGACUUGUGGCCAAAGGAUUCUCACAGAAAUUCGGAGUUGACUAUGAAGAAACUUUCGCACCGGUGGCCAAGUUCACAUCGAUUCGUGUGGUGCUCAGUAUGGCGGCCAAGUACGGCCUAAUGCUACAUCAGAUGGACGUCAAGACAGCGUUUCUUAACGGCUCCCUCAACGAAGACAUCUACAUGGACCAGCCGGACGGAUACCUGGAUGCAACACAGCCGGACUAUGUGUGCAAGCUAAAGAGAUCACUCUACGGCUUGAAGCAAUCGCCUCGCAUGUGGAACCAAACAAUCGAUGGGUUCAUGAUCAAGAUGGGAUUCAAGAAGUGCGAAUCGGACCACUGCAUCUACAUCAAGCGAGACGACCAAGACAUGAUUCUCGUGGUGCUCUACGUCGAUGAUCUCAUCCUGGCCAGCAGCAACAACGAACUCCUCAAGUCGACCAAGAUGGCGCUGAGCAAACGCUUCGAAAUGACGGAUCUCGGUGAGCUCGAUUACUUUCUCGGCAUGGAGAUCAAGAACGACCGUAAGACGGGAAUGGUGACUGUGCAACAAACCAAGUUUCUCAAGUCCGUGUUAACCAAGUUCGGAAUGGAUAACAGCAAGCCAGUGAAGACGCCUCAAGAUCCCGGCCUGAAGCUAACCAAGAACAUGUGUGAACAAGAAUGCAAGCACGAAGACACCAUAUGCAACGUGCCAUAUCGAAGUGCUGUCGGAGGCAUCAUGUAUCUCAUGGUCGCCACACGUCCGGAUCUAGCUGCUGCAGUGGGAUCAUUAUCCCAGUUCUCGUCCGACCCAUGCCCGACUCACUGGCAAGCUUUGAAGCGUGUGCUGAGAUACCUGCAAGCAACGCCCAAUCAUGGUCUUGAGUUUACACGUGAAGAAGGAAGCCGUAUCUGCGGGUACACCGACGCAGACUGGGCCGGCGACAUUGAGUCAAGACGAAGUACAAGCGGCUAUGUGUUCAUGAUGAACGGAGGAUGCAUCAGCUGGAAAAGCCAGAAACAACGGACGGUCGCGCUAUCUUCAACAGAAGCAGAAUACAUGGCGCUUUCCGAAGCAACCAAAGAAGCAGUAUGGCUCAAGGUGCUUUUGGGGAACUUGGUGAGAUGA